ACCACCCAGAUCCAUGCCUAUUCACUGCAACCGUUGUUCAGAACCUCUCCAUUUUGUUUCUGUUUCACCUUGUGAGUUUUUGUCUUUGCCAUGGACAAUAGCAACGCAUGCAGGAUGAGCCGGUUUACCUUUGAUCAACUCAGUCACAGUGGUGCAGCGUCAAACCCCUACGCUCACGACGCUUUGGUUCCACAAGACCAAUCACGCAGCGCAUCGACACCAUUCUCCUACCUACAAAAUUUGGCGGCAGCAAAUCUUCAGCUUCAGGAUCACCAGGACUAUGACAACUUGUUUGAUGGAGUACUUUUUCCCUCCUUGCCAGAUGUCUCUACGGGGAUGGGCUCCAAUGUGAACACACGACUCGUACAUCAUGAUGCGUUUGCGCCUUUGGGUGAUAGUAAGUUGACGGCAGCACCAGCGCCAGCAAUGGCCUUACAGCCAAGACGACAGCAUCUCCAGCCGCCAAAUAUUGCUGGCUUACUUGACUUGCUACCAAGUCCACACGACCUCAACCAGUCACUACCACAGAGUAACGUAUUCGGAAAGCAGCCGUCAAUGAAAGAACCUGAAAACCCAGCGACAACAUUCUCCUUCCACCAAGGUCAGACGGCACCGAUCCUUAACCAGCAUACUUCCAACAGCUUGAAUGAUGCAGCACUCUUUCCGUUCCCGCCACAAGUUUCUAUAGACGUCAGCUCAUUUGGAAAUAUAGGAUUCCCUCAUGAUGUGUUUGCGCCUACUGGUGACACGAAUGCGAUGGCAGUGUCAAGGCAAGGACGACAAUAUAUUCCAAGUUUACCGGAAAUGCCACCAAGUCGUCGUCGUCACGACCUCAGUGAGCCACUUCCACAGAACACCUGCCUCGGGCAGCAGCUGUCAAUGAAAGAACCUGAUAACUCAGCGACACCAUUCUCCUUAAACCUAGGUCAGGCGGAACCACUCCUUCAGCCUAACCUACCCAACGGCUUGAGUGAUGCAGCAAUCUUUCCCUACCUGCCAAAGGUCUCUACCGCUAUGCCCUCCGUUGUAAAUACAGGAUUACAUCAUGAUGUGUUUGCGCCAUCGCGUGGUAGUGAUGUGUUGCUAUCACCAUCACUAGCAAGGGGCCUACCGCAACAACAACAACAACGACAACAACAUCACAAGCCGCCACAUAUUCCCAGAUUGCAUGUAAUGCCACCACAUAAACACGACCUCGUCGAGCCGCUACCACAGAGUAACUUACUUGGACAGCAGCCGUCGACUAAAGAACCUGCAAAAUCUGCCAAAGCCAAAAUAGUCUGCCCGGAAUGCAAAAAGAGUUUCUCGUAUCCGUCGGACUUCAAAAGACACAGGACAGUGCACACUGGCGAGAGGCCAUAUCCUUGCAUAGAGUGUGGAAAAACCUUCAAGACGAAGUAUAGUCUAAAAUCGCACAAGAGAACACACACAGGCGAGAGACCAUAUCAGUGCACAAUCCCGGGCUGUGAACAGGCAUUCUCAAUGUCCUCCAACCGCUACCGGCAUAUGCGUACCCACAAGGCGAAUAUGGAGAAGCAUGCAAACCUGCAAAUGCCGGGAUCCAACUGAACAUGCACUGCACUGUCACACCAGCAUCACCAGUUAUUAAAAACCGGCAAUAUCGGCAGGAGCACCAAAUCAGAAGAUACUCGCGCCAGAAAUUGCAGUUUAGGUGAGAUUAUUUCUAAUUGUCCAGGUGUGGCGCCGUGCUUUUGGUACUGGUGUGCUGAAUACAAUCAGCACUAGAAGAAUCUAGUAUGUCACGUGUGUGUGUGUGUGUGUGUGUGUGUGUGUGUGUGUGUGUGUGUGUGUGUGUGCGUGCGUGUAUGUGUGUGUGUGUGUGUGUGUGUGUGUGUGUGUGUGUGUGUGUGCCUACAGUGACUAUGCAAGUGUGUGGGUAUAUACAUGUAUUUGCCCCACCCUCAGUACUCACACUUUGAGGCCUCCGUACAUGUAGUAACCUCGCCUAACGUUCAUUUGCUGGUUGUGCCAUCCUAACACCCUCCGCUAUCAACACCCACAUUAAUUUUGAUGUAUAUAAUCAUAAAUGUAAAACAGCAUUCAGUGCAUUUUAUUGUUGUACAACGAUGUAUUGUUUUUCUGAAUGAUGACAUCACCCAUGUCUCUUGUCUUGUGUACAUGUGUAGUUUUCUGUCGCAUUUUUGGUUUGUUGAGUUUUGGCUUGUUUUGCUACAAAAUUAUUGCAAUGUCAGCGGGCUAGUUUGCGGUUUUCCCCUUUUGCUGUGGUUCCUUUUGCUACAUGCGACUGUUGUGCAUGUGGAACGUGGUGUUGGUUUAUCCUAUUAUUUGAUUUUGUUGAAUGUCAACAAGGUGUUGUAGAAAGAUGACUUGUUUUUCUAUGAUGAAGUUC